AAAAAAAAAAAAAAGCGUUUUUGCUUAUUUUUAUCUUCAUUUAUGGCUUCUCAUCAAGAUCUUUUAAAUCAGAUUACAAAAAUCAAAGAAGAACUUCACUGUACUAUUUGUACAGGUGUGAUUGACGAUCCUCAUGUACUUGUGUGUGGCCAUGCAUUCUGUGGUGUCUGUAUCCUUCAGUGGCUUCCAACAAAAAAAGUAUGUCCUAUCUGUAGAAUACCUGUGAUGCGACAACCAGUCCAUGUGAACAUUAUUCAAAAACUAUCUGAUAUAUUCAAGGCACUAGAUAAUUCAAAACCUGUAGAAAGACUAUCGCGUCAACAUUGGGUUGAUUUAUUUCCUAUAGAGAAUCAGGCCAGUCUGAUUCGCGAUGUAGAUCAAGAUGGUGUCAUUCAUCGUUGCUCUAAUUGUGGUUGGGAGUUGGAUGAAGAGAACUAUUGUGAACGAUGCCAAAUAUCUUUUGAAGGCGAAAGAGUAGAUUUGGAAGAUUCAGAUGUGUCGCACUAUGAACAAGAUGAAGAAAACCUGUCUGGAUUUGUUGUGAGUGAUGAUGAAGCCAUUGUGUAUUCUGAUAGACAUGAUGAUGUACUCAGUGGAGAUGAAUCAACUACCAGUGCUAGUCAAAAUCCUAUUGAAAUCAAUGACAGUGAUGAUGAUGAUGACGAUAUGCCCAUACGUAGAAAAAGAAAUCCAGUUAUUCCAUUAAGUGACGAUGAUGACGAAGAAGAUCAAAGUGACAGUAAUGCAAGCCAUAGUGAACUUUCUUAUGACAUACCCGAGAAUGAAGCAGAAAUCAUGGAUCAUUUUCGAGGACCUGAUAUUGAUGAUUAUGAGACUGAAGAAGAAGAAGAGUUUCCAGAGGAUCCAUUUGAACGUAGAUCAGUCUAUAUUGAUGACUAUGCAGAUGAAAGUGAAGAAGAAGAAGAAAGGCCUAUUGUCUACAAAACAGAUACCAUUAUGGACAGUAUUACUCGAGCUAAAGGGAAAAUGGCUACUACCAGUCAUGAAAUACAGUCGUCUUCAGAUACAAGUGAUGAUGACAAUAGUGAUGCACCUGAUUAUGAAAACAUGACAGCACCUCUUUCUUCAAGUGUGAUACCUUCUCCUAUUCUUGAUAUGGCUUCUUUAUCUGUCAAAGACAAGAAACGAAAACGAAAGCACAAGGAUAAAAAGAAUAAGAAAAAGAACAAGAAACACGAAUAAAAAAAAAAUAAUAAGCUAC